GCAAUCAUUAGCAUAUCCAGCCUAUUGGCAAGUGAUCGUUCCAACCAAAAGGAGAGGUGGAAACAUGUACUGAAUUCAUUGGGGUCAGUGUCAGGCACAAAUCUUACCUUGGAAGCAAUGAGACAGAUCUUGAACCUUAGCUACAAAAAUCUUCCUCACCACCUCAAGACAUGCUUCUUGUAUCUUGGUAUGUUUCUGGAGGACUCUGAAAUAUAUAGGCACGAGUUGGUAAGCCUAUGGGUUUCUGAAGGCUUUGUUAGUAAAGCACAUGGACAAAAUCCAAAACAGAUUGCGAUAAGUUAUUUUAAUGAGCUUGUCAACAUGAGUCUUAUUCAACCUGUACAGAUUGACAUGCAUGGGUCAGUGUUAACUUGCAAAGUACACGAUAUGUUGUUGGAUCUUAUCCUGUACAAAUCUGCGGAAGAAAAUUUUAUCACUGUAGUAGACAACCCAGAGGCCAUUACAGGACAACUUCAAAAGCCCCGUCGGAUGCUCUUCAACUUGGAUGGUGCAACAUUGCCAAGGGACGUUAAUAUGUCACAAGUGCGAUCAUUUGCAAACUGGAGAGGCUCCACGAAUAUACCUUCAUUGGCAGAAUUCAAGUAUCUUCGAGUGUUUAUAGCUGACUUCAGUUCUAGUUCUGUUGAUGACAACCGGAAAAUCGACCUGACAGGAUUGUGUAAGUUAUAUCAGCUGCGACAUAUACAGAUUGAAGGCUGUGAUAACUGCCAGCUACCAACGCAGAUUAGAGGGCUACAAAAGUUGGAAACAUUUGAUAUAGAUGGGUCCUGUAUCCCAAUGGAUAUUUUUCACCUGCCGUGUUUGUUGUCUCUGCAUAUUUUUCACCUGCCGUGUUUGUUGCCUGAGGGCAUCGGUAAAAUGAAAUAUCUACAGCGUCUGAGAUGGUUUGACACGCUGCACACCUCAAUCGACAGUAUCAAGGGCCUAGGAGAGCUCACCAAUCUGAGACUUCUGUACCUCAGAACCGGUUUUUCUGAAGAUGUGGACAUGGAUGUUCUAAACUCUUCUUUGGGGAAACUUUGUAACCUCGACUCCCUGAAUGUAUUUUCACCUGAUUCUUGGAUACCUGAGGCACUAACCUUGUCGCCUCCUCCCCCCAACCUCAUGGGACUCUCCAUGAUGCGAAUAUCCCGGGUCCCAAACUGGAUUGGGGAACUCCAUAACCUCCAGAGCUUGCAUAUCACUGUUGAUAAGCUAGACAAGGAUGAUGUUGGUAUUCUCGCGGAGUUACCCGCCCUCAUGGACCUAGAAUUAACGUUCAAUAGAGCCCUGGAAGAAACAAUUGUCAUCUAUGGGACAUCAUUCGCAAUCGUGAAGCGGUUUGUUGUCUACUGGACUGUCAUGCCACAACUGACCUUCCAAGCCGGAGCAAUGCCUAAGCUCCAGAGCCUCUCUCUACCUUUGAACGCCAGGGGGUGGAAGCAGGACGAGAGCACCACACCUACAGGCAUCGA